CGACUUACAGUUCGAAUCGUCAACAAGCCGCAGAUGUGAUUGCAUCGUGAAGUAAAUCGGAGCAAUGAGUUGUUACCAUAUUCGUUAAGAUUCGUAAAAAAGUUAUCCUAAGUAGUGCAGACAAGUAAGUUUAAAAAAUGGCUAAAAACAAAAAUUGUGAGAUCAGUAUGGAUAAGCAAAUCUACUCCAAAGAUCAAGAUGCGAAGUCAGGCAUUUCCAAAGAACAUAAAGAAUCAACGAGCAAAGCUGCCGAACCAAGUCCGUUUGCUGGCGUUCUCGAAGUCCUGGCAAGGAACAAACCGAUACUGGACGUACUAUCGGUAACGUGUCUAAUACUUAUCAUUGCCAGUAUUGGAGUGGUUGUAUCCUUAGUUUUCUUGUUUGGAAAAUCAUCCCCUCAAACCAGCACAGUUGAUAAUUUCACAGAAGAUAACUCCGCCAGGAUCGUGACACGAAUAGAAUGGCUUGCGCAACCACCAAGAGAAACACUAGAUCUGCUGCAACUGCCAGUUCAAAAAGUUAUUAUUGCACACACAGCAACAGAAGGAUGCACUACGAAGUCUCAAUGUGUGUUCAUGGUUAGUCGCAUACAACGUUUUCACAUGGCACCGGAUUCGAAGAACUUCUCGGACAUUGCGUACAACUUCCUGGUCGGAGCCGACGGAAAUAUCUACGAAGGACGAGGUUGGGACAAACGGGGUGCUCAUACCAAGGGAUUCAAUAAAGACAGUAUCUGCGUCGCAUUCAUCGGAACUUUCAACGAUGAGGCAGCUUCGGAACCACAACUAAGGGCCGCUCGUCGACUGAUCGCCAUGGGAGUGGAACAGGGGACGAUCGACCCACGCUAUCAACUGUGCGGACAACGGCAACUGGCGCCGUUUUCAAGCCCUGGCGAAAAGUUGUAUCAGCAGAUUAAAGUGUGGCCGAAUUGGUCGAGCGAACUGGGACCGAGGCACUGGGAAGAUGAAAACAAAAUGAUCUGAAGUUGUUAAUUUAUUUUUUCUAAAGAUAAGCAUUAUUUAACAAUGUACACAAAUGUAAUCUGUGAAAAAAUAAAAUAAACGU